CCGCAAGAGCACGGAAUCCCAAGAGAUUCCGAACGUGUAGACUCGCCGAUUAAUAUACGAUUCACCGAGUUGUCUCAAAUACGCGACUACCCGAACGCGAGUCUACGAAUCCUCGCGUCCCCUGAAUCUGAUUUCUUUCCUCUUCUAUAUAUAUAUUCACACCUACGAGACUCACUCUCCAUUUUUUCCUGCACAAUUUCAGUUUCUAUGCUCAAGAUACAGAGAGAGUAAACACAAACCAGUGGAGAGAAAAUGGACCUGAACUUGGAUUUGUCUCUGGGUUAUGUUCCCAGAACCAUCAGUGAUCUUCUCAGGGAAGUUUCAGCUACAACAGAGAUUUCGCACAAAUUGUCAAGGCUUGAUACGUAUGUGACAGGAUUGGAAGAUGAAUUGAGAAAGAUCGAAGCUUUUAAGCGUGAGCUUCCUCUUAGUAUGAUCCUCUUAAACGAUGCUAUUGUGAGAUUGAAGGAGGAGGCAAUGCAGUGGAGGGAAUUGAAUGAUCCGCCUCCUUUGACGGAGGAGAUUCGGCCAUUGAAAGGUAAACCAGUUGAAGAUGGAGGGGUAAUUUUGGAAAAGAAGGAUCAGAAGAACUGGAUGAGCUCUGUUCAGCUAUGGAGCACUGACAUCAACUUCGAUCAGAGAAAACUUGCACUGAGAAGCGAAGAUGACGAUCAGUUAGGUGCUGGGAAGGUGACCCAGUUAUGUAAUAAUGGAAGCAAGGGAGGGGCUUUUGUGGAUUUUCAAGGGAUUGGGAAGGCGAUUGCUCCACAAGUUCCUGCUCGUUCUCUCAUGCCACCAUUGUCUUCUCCACUUGUUCCAGUGAAGAUACAAAGUAAACAACAAGACCCCCAAGAGACACGGAGGAAGCAGAGGCGGUGCUGGUCACCGGAACUUCAUCGCCGAUUUGUCGAUGCACUUCAACAACUUGGAGGUUCUCAAGCCACUCCUAAACAGAUAAGGGACCUUAUGCAAGUGGAUGGAUUAACCAAUGAUGAAGUUAAAAGCCAUCUACAAAAAUAUCGACUUCAUGUUCGGAAACUUCCAUCUUCUGUAUCUGGUCCUGAAAAUGGCUCAUCAAUGGAACAAAGCCUAUGCAAAGACCACUCAGAAACAAAUGGCUCUCCACAGGGUCCCCUCAAUGCAGGUGGCUCUGGCUCUGGAGGAGACAGUAUGGAAGGGGAGGAGGACGAGAGAUCGGAUGGACGAAGUUGGCGAGGUGUGUUACUCAAAUUGGAAUAAAUUGAUGUACACUGCGAAGUACUGAUCCCCCAUGAGUUUUGCAGAUAAGAAAUGCAUGGGGAAUCGAACUGUAAACAUGAAAUUCAUCUAACAGAUGGAAUUAAGACUGGAGUUGGUUCUUUUUUCGAAAGUGGAGCUUAACAGACUAGAUAGGUUGUGAGAUUUUGCAGAACAACAUAUAUUAGGCUUUGUUAUCUAUGACAAUAAGAUUAUGUGAUGAUGCCCAUUUCUCAUCUAUAAAAUCAACAUAACAUUUUUGGUUUAUGAAGUUGUUCUGUUUCGUUUU